AUGAAUCCAGGAAACAUGAUGACUAAUCCAAUUACACAAAGUACUCCUUUGGGUAAUAUACAAGAAGGACAAGAAGUUGUGGUUACUGACGAUAACAAUGAAGAAGGAGAAAAUGAUAAAUUAGGUGAAGAUGAUGAAUUCCAUAUUCCAAAACAGAAUAAAACUUCUGAAGCUUGGGAGGACUUCAACGAAUUUGAAGAAAAUGGCAAUUACUAUGCCAUUUGCCGUUACUGCAAUAAAAAGCUAUCGAGGGGUAAAUCAAAGCAAACAACUAGCUUAUGGCGGCACCGAAACUCAUGUCCAUCUAGAAAAACAAGUUUAAGACAAGCUGCACAACAAACGAAACUGAACUUUCAGCCGGCUGAUGAUGCAUUUCCUACUAUACCACCUUUGCAUACCGGAAAAUUUGACAUGGAGAAAAUGAGAGAAGCCGCUGCACAUUGGAUUGUGAUGCACGAACAUCCCUUCACCAUUCUUGAAGAUGAAGGUUUGAAUAUUUUCCUAAAGCGUGGCAUGCCCGAGUGGCAAAAGAUCACUAGAGGAGUAGCAAAAAAUGAUUGUGUGGCAGUCUAUGAACUUGAGAAAAAGAAGCUGAAGAAAAAGUUGAGAAAUGUGAAAAAGGUGAGCCUCACAACCGAUCUUUGGAAAUCCAAAAAUCAAAAGAUCGAAUAUAUGGUUAUUACUGGCCAUUGGAUUGACUCGGAUUGGAAGCUACAAAAGAGAGUGCUCAACUUUGUUCACAUACCACCUCCUAGACGAGGGGUUGAGAUUGCUGCUUCACUCUUCAAGUGUGUGAAGGAUUGGGGUAUUGAGCAAAAAAUACACACAAUUUCAGUUGACAAUGUUUCAGCCAAUGAUGUGGCUAUUAGAGUUUUGCGGGAUGAUUUUAGUAGAUUGAAGAAACUAUUAGGUGGGGGCAAGUUGUUUCAUGUUCGAUGCUGUGCGCAUAUCUUAAACCUUAUUGUUCAAGUCGGCCUUUCUGAGAUUGCGGACAUUGUAAACAAAAUUAGGGACAGCGUCGAUUUUGUCAAUCGCUCGGAGACCAGAUUAUUGUUGUUCACUGAGAUUGCACAACAACUUCAAAUACCCGGGAAGAAGUUGCUUUAUGAUUGUCGAACAAGAUGGAAUGCCACCUUCGAAAUGCUAAGCUGUGCUAUGAAGUUCAAAGAUGUUUUUCCUCAUUUUCAAGAUAGAGAUCCACUCUACGAUUCCUGUCCAGCUUAUGAGGAUUGGGAAAAAGCAGAAAAAGUGUGCUCUGUGUUAGAGAAAUUUUGGGCAGCCACGCAUGUGAUAUCCGGGAGUGAAUAUCCUACGAGCAAUUUGUUCCUUCAAGAGGUUGUGAAAAUUAAGAAAGUCUUAGAUUCUCGAGCAAAUGAUGAAAAUGACUUCAUCCGAGCUAUGAUUAGAAAGAUGAAGGCCAAGUUCGACAAAUAUUGGGGCGAAUGCAAUUUGUUAAUGGCUAUUGCUGCCAUUUUAGAUCCAAGGCAGAAAAUGAGAGUUGUUGAGUUUGCCUUCCCUCAAAUGUUUCCAUCUUUUGAGGCACAAGAACAUAUUUUUAGCGUGAAGAAAGCUUUAUUUGAGCUUUAUGAUGAGUAUGCAGAUUUGAAUGCAACUGGAAAUGAAAAUGCAGUCCACUCAUGUGCUUCAGAAGGGCCACAAAAAAAUGCAACAUCUUCUUCUAGGUGGGUUGACUUUGAUGAGUACUGUGACGAAAUGGAGACUACUGAGCCACAAAAAUCUCAAUUGGUGGAUUAUUUAGAAAAGGCUCGCCUAAAGACUGGUUCCGACCCAAAUGCCUAUGAUUGUUUGGAGUGGUGGAAAAGCAAUAGGGUUGCGUAUCCAAUAUUGUCCGAAAUGGUGGCUGACAUCUUGGCUAUUCCUGUAACUACAGUGGCAUCUGAGGCCACAUUUAGUGCCGGAAAUCGAGUUAUUGAUAGCUAUCGUGCUUCCUUUCAUCCAGAUACGGUUCAAGUGUUGUUGUGUGCAGGGGACUAG